GAACGUUCUGAUAUUAUUGAAGAAGAUUCUCGAAGCGACCACGUGCAAGGUAAUGAAAAUGCUUCGGCUAGUAGAGUCAUUCGAAUCAAUUUUCUCAAGCCGCCAUUUUAAGUUAGAAUUGUUUAAAUAAUGUUCUGCAAAAAAUUUAUAAUGUCGAUAUUUAUAUAUUUCAUAUCUUAUUCGAACAUUUUCAUCUUUGUCUAAAAAUUGCAUCAAGUGUUCUUCUUUUCCUACUUUCAUUCGACUUUUUUCUUUACGUUCACUGUAUAUAAUAUAAACGAUACGCGGGUCGAAUACGCACUUGCUAGAAAGAUAUUAGUGUCGCGCGGUUGUCAAAGUUGCCGUUUAAAUCGAGCGACUCUAACCGAAGCUGAUCCGAAGUGCGCGUGCGCGUCGGGCGUAGGAUCGCUGACGCAGGGAGUACGUCAGCUGUUUUGUUAGGCUCUCGCUGAGGAGACGUGCGUGUGCGUCCGUCAGCGUUAGAGGAAUGGUGUUGUAUUGUUGACUUGGUGGGGCAUUCUUCUCUCGCGCAACUUGCGUCGUUGCACAGUAACGGACGCGCUCCUUUGUUCGUCGUGUAACGCGCGCCCGUGAAAAAGACUACGCGAACGAUUCUGUCUGCGACGAGGGAAUCGCGAGACGCGCGCGCGUGUGAUCGCGCGUGUACCCAUAUUGUGUGCGUUGUAUAUGUGCGCGCGUGUGUGUUCGGGGGCUCGUGCUCGCCUCCGUUACUACGGAGUCACGCUUAUACAGGAGAGAUCCACGAUAUCCCGCGGGUGAUCAGCAGGUGCUCGUUCCACGACCCCGUUCGACGCGACAGUAAUCGGGACGUUCUCGCCCGCUCGGCGGGAUACUAAGACCGCGCAUUGCGUGAUAGUUCGACUCGAGACAUGGCACAGCCGACGAGUAGCGCGCUACGGGCGCUCGCCCUGGAAUACAAGAGCCUGCAGGAGGAGCCCGUCGAGGGCUUCCGCGUCAAGCUGGUUAACGAGGACAACAUGUUCGAGUGGGAAGUCGCGAUCUUCGGUCCGCCCGACACUCUUUACCAGGGAGGAUACUUCAAGGCACACAUGAAGUUCCCGCCGGAUUAUCCGUACAGUCCACCGAGCAUUCGUUUCAUGACAAAAGUUUGGCACCCGAAUGUAUAUGAGAACGGUGAUUUGUGCAUAUCAAUCUUGCAUCCACCCGUAGAUGAUCCACAAAGCGGCGAGCUGCCUUGCGAGAGGUGGAAUCCGACGCAAAAUGUCAGAACUAUCCUGCUCUCGGUGAUCUCGUUGUUGAACGAACCCAACACAUAUAGUCCUGCCAAUGUGGACGCAUCCGUCAUGUAUAGACGCUGGCGUGAUUCCAAAGGGAGAGACAAAGAAUAUGAAAAUAUCAUAAGAAAACAAGCCCAAGCUGCCAAAAUGGAAGCCGAAAAGGAAGGUAUCGUCGUGCCCGUAACUCUGGAAGAUUACUGCAUAAAGACUCGAGCGAGGCCAGCCGAACAACAGCUAGAUAUGACAGAUUUCUAUGAUGAUGAAUAUGAGCUAGAUGAUGACGAGGACGAGCAGCUAAGCGCGACCGAUUACGAAGACGGCGACGAUAGUGGCAACGGAGAAUCGUGAUCCAUUUCUUAAAUAAUAUUAAUACAACAAAAAAACCGAACCGCUAAUUAUUAUAUAUAUAUAUAUAUCAGUUCUGUAUAGAUUAAUAAAUUAACGAGCUUCUAAACCGGAUGAUCUCUCGCUCUAUUUCUCUUUUUUCAGGGCGCGCUACAAAAAUUCAAGUAAGCAUUUUCUUAGCAUAAGAGAAUCAAACUCUCCAAGAAUGAUUUAAGAAUUAUAUAUGUCUCUCUUUAACCAUCGUCAAUUAUUAUAUAUUUCUUUGAAACAAAUUGAUUUCAUUACACUUUAUCAUAAUCAUAAAUUUUUGUUUGUGCACAAAAAAAAAACAAAAGAAAAAUGAGAUAGUCACAUGAGUUUAUGUACUAUAUGCUUUUUAAGUUUUAUUAUACGGAGUAAUAUGGGUAGUCUCUUUCGCGAUGGUUUGAAAGACAAUAUUUCUUAAUCCUCGCAUUGUCACAUAUUUAUCAGAUUUACGACAUAUUCGAUUACUUAUAUAAUAAGCUUUUAUUUAUGUUUUUAUUAUGGCAUGUUCAAAAAAAUUCAAACUGCAUUGUAUGUAUGUCUAUAAUUAGGCAUACAAUGUACGUAUCAUACUUUAUAAAUAUAUCAUAAAUGACCCUCUUCUCGCCUUGAAAAAUAAAAAAACGUAAAAAUGCAUAAAGUAAUCAUAACUAAAAAAUGAUCUAAUUUUUACUGAGCGAGGGUUAAGAAAAAAAUUAGAGUGUUACUAAUCAUUGUAUGAAAUUAGAGAAUCCCGUGUUUACAAGCUCUUUAACUUAAGCAAUAUGUGCUACAGUAUGGAUAUAAGUACUAUGAAUAUACAUAUAGGAGCACUUUGCUUGUUGUGUUGUGGCUAGCACUUGAAUCUUUCAAAUAGAAAAUGGACCAAUUGAUUUACCUUGCAAUGAAAAACAUUCGAUAAUAAAAAUGAUUAUAUAUAAGUACUACAAGUACUCAUUCGACUUUAUAUUGGGAAUCUAAUUUCACAUCAUGUUCAAAGUUGUAAAUGGUACAUCAAUUGAUCCUAAUUGUAAUACUUGUAUCUAAAAUUUGCGUUUUUUUUUUUUUUUUAAUAAUUAUUUAUGUUAUAACAUAAACAAUGUCGAGGGUGAAUUGGAUAUAGGAAUAAGAAAAAAAAAAAAAAAUAAGCUGCCGAAGAAGAGACCUGUUAAACGUUAUUAAUAAUAAAUUUCGUCCCUCUCACACAUUUUCUAGGGGAUCUACAUUAUAAAUAUUAUUGAUAUUAUUAUAAUUAUUUGUAUAUGAUCGUACAUACAUAUAUCAAGCGGCGAUAUAAUCGAUUCGAUAUUUUUGCCUAGAUUUGGUUGCAAUUAUAAAGCGAAAUUAACAACAAUUAUAUUAAUUAUCUCUUCGUAAAUUGUUGAACGACAAAUCUAACUGCAACGUUAAGAAUGGAUAAUUUUUUGUUUAAAAAAAAAAAAAAAAAACAUUAAUUUUAAUUAUGAACAACAUUUUAAAUGUCUUGAGAAAUAUAACUUCUAAUAGAAUUUAUACGUGCAUAAUGUUACAGCCACAAAGUUAUUUUAGCUUAUGAUUUUUUUUAUAGGUUUUCUUGUUACUAAAUAUGAUUUUUUUCAUGAAAAAAUAAAGCUUUGCAAAUGAGAUGGAUUAAACAUAAGCUUAUCACUUAAGUAAAAAGGAUAUAUCGGAUACAGCUAAUCGACUCUGUGGUAGUGUAUCUGUGCUCGUAUGACUGAUAUUGUAAAUAUAUGAAACUCAAUUUUAAAGACAUAAAAUAUAUAAGUGGUACUCUUUUACUUAUUUCUUUAUUAGUGAUUUAUUUCAUUGAAAGACCAAGAGGUGAGAUGUUGAAAGUGUUUAAACAAUAAAAUAAAGAUAAAAGGAUAUUUAAAUUUCA